AUGGGAGUUAUGUCUUGGCGUAAACUUCUACAGAUACUAGAAGAAGAAGUCCGUGGAAAUUCUGAUAAUUUGAAUGGACAGAUAAGCCAGUUAGUUCAAUCAUUUAUCAAAUAUUUGAAAGAACCGAGAUAUCAGUCGCCACUUACUUUACCAGAACUAGCCCUGUUGUUUACCAACUUUUACAAGGACUUGAAUUCGUUGGUUAUAAACCUAUACACACAGUCAAAUAGCGUGAAAAAACAACUUAUUUCAAGUUCGGAGUAUUUUAAGACACAUCCGGAUGAUUUUGACUAUUUAUUAGCAAUCGCUAAUUAUUCUACUUCCUCAGUGAAGUUAUUGAAGAGAACGGAUCCAGAGGCUGUUAUACAGUUAAGAGUAUUCAAUUAUUAUAAAUUUAUCACGAUAAUGGAAGCGAUCGAAAAAGCUCAAUUAGAGCUAUUUAAUACAAAUAAUACCCUAGAUGAAGGUAUCUCGUUACUUGAAAAGAUAUUCAAAUUCGAUCAACGUGAUAUUAUACUUCAAGAAUUUUUAAACGAAAAAUUGGAUGCAUUGAAGAAAUUGAAUUUACCAUUUUCAUGCUUUAUUGAGAAUGAUCCAAAUAAUAAAUUAACUACGUUUUUUUCAUCAAUUUCAGAUGCUGGGGUUGAAAACAGCUCCUUGAAGAAAAUAAAACAAAAGUUUGCCUUGUUAAAUGAGAGUAUCACUCCUUAUUCGAAAUUAAAGGUAGUGGUGGAAAUCCAGAAAUCUUUAAUAAUACUAUUGUCAGAAGCAUAUGAAAGUGAUCCUAGCAAGGUGAAUAACGAUGAUAUAAUUCCUGCAUUUAUUUUCAUCAUCAUACGUCAUGUACCUUUCAAUUCGAGUGACUUAUACUUGAAUUUCACAUUCAUAAAAAAUUUUGUUAACCUCAUUGAUCCAUACAAUGUUGAUAUAAAUUCAUUUACAUUAAAUUCCCCAUUAGCAUCGUAUACACCUACUGAUAGGUUAAAUAAAUCAUUGAAUGGCAAGAAACCGCCUAAGAAAAGUAACUUAUUUGAAUAUUUGAAUUUGAAAGAAGAAGAAGAAACGGAACUAGAAUCUUCCAGUAAUAUUGACUUUUUCAAAAGCGACAAAGAAUUAGUCCAUCAUAUCCAAGCAAAACAUUUAAAUAAUGGUGAAUUGAUAUUCUAUUUAACUAAUUUUGAGGCUGUUUUAUUCUUUCUACUGAGCGUUACAAUCCAAGAAUUGGCUCCAGAUGAAACAGCGGAAAACCCGUUAUUAAAAUGUUCCCUCCAUAAGCUAGUAGACCAGGAAUUGCUAAGCCAUUUCAAAUUUCCAGACGGCAAGGCGAUGGACGAAUUUAAAAAUCAAGAAGACAUUUCACCACAGGUUUCUUCUAGGUCUCGGUCCAGCUCAUUGCUAAAUACAAUAAGCCAUAAGCUAAAUGAUGUUGCAUUAUCAGUUAAUAGAUCGAGAUCUAAUUCAUCGAUAAUGAAUAGCUUGAAAUCUUCGUCAUUAUCGCUAAAUAGAGAGAGCUUUCCGUCAUUUGCAGGCAAUCAUGAAGCUGAAUCAACACAUACUUCUCCCACAAAUUCCAAUGAAAGUAAUAAUGUGGAUUCUAAUUCGAUACCUUCACUGAUGAUGAAAAACAUCUUAGGCAGGUUUAGUCUGGUUCUGGUUCCACAAUUCAGGCCCAAUGUGGAAGAGCAUUCAAUAACAACUGAAUCAGAUAACGCAGAUAGUAAGAUAGAGGAAAGAAAUAAAAGGUCCAGCUCUUUAAUGAACAAAGUAUCACUGGAUACCUUGAGAACGAGAUCGUCAUCAAUUGAUAAGCAGGACCCUGACCUAAUCAAAGAGCACCAGAAAAAGAGUUCCAUCACGUCCAAGCUUACCAAUGGUGUAUCUGAUUUUAUGACCAAAUUUAAUAGUACGACGAAUGGUUCCAAUGGUACAAUUUCUACGUUGCAUGCAAACCCAACUAAGAGUACCUCCAAUUCAUCACUACAUUCGUUUGUCGAGGGUAUGAAUAAUUAUUCAGAUAGCAAUGUUACUAUAAAUGAAGACGUAAUCGUAUCUAAUGGUAGUUCUGCAACGAUUCAAAGGCGCCCAGAUUACCGGAAUCGAACAACAAGUUUACAGAUUAUGGAUAAGUGGUUUAAUAAUAUUUCGGCGAACAAUAAUAAUUCUGAAAAUCAAGAGACCACCAUAAAUUCGACUUCUGGCGAUAAUUUAGAAGAAGAAGAAAAUGAAAUCCAAAUUAAGAAUUUAACGAAGUAUGCCAAUAAAGAUUUUAAUUCUCUUACUAUCAAAGAAUUAAAAGACUUAAAAGUUUGCUAUGACAUAUUAUGCUGUGAACUUACUUCCAAGUCUAAAAUGAAGCCAGACAAGUCCGAAGAGGGUGAACCCAUUGAUACUGCAGACAGGAUUAGCUCUUCUGAAACGAGUAUUUGA